UUUAUUUUUUCACACCCUAAAAAGUGAUUUACAGUAGAAUUUCCAUUUCUUCUGUUAUGUUAAUGUCAGAUGCAGCGAAGGAGAGGACCCCGCCUCCACCUCUCUCUCCCUCUCUCUCUCUCUCUCUCUGCCUGCCACAAUGGGAUUUCCAUUUCACUGCAAUUUGCAUGCAAGCUUUGUUGCAACCCCGAUUUGCCUUUUUCCUACGUGACAGGCUUGCUGCCAUACACGCACUCACACACACAAUCUCUCUCUCUCUCUCUCUCAUCCUUUUUGUGCCUAUGCGUGUGCGAAGAUUCCCUCUAUCGUAAUCUGCAGUGAGCACCACUAUCAUCGCCACUACUUGGACUUCUGCUGCAGAUAAAACUAGCUCUCGCGCUUAUAACGGAAAAGCUGCCCCAAAAUUCUUUUUAUCCCUCGUUCCUCUUUUUCAUGUGGGUUCGCUUACUCAAUUUAUCUUUUUCCCUUUUUUCCAUAUACGCUUUUCGGCGUGCAAUUUUGUGGUGGUUUCGAUCUAGAUUGGCAUGCGUAAAUAGCACUAGUCGUUGUGCGUGGUAGUAUGGAUGUGAUGAAUUUAUGUGAUUGGUGUUGGAUUGCUCAUCUUCUCAGAAUUGCAUUUUAAUGUUUUGUUUGGUAUUGUCAAUUCAGUCAUGAACUCCCUGUCAAAAAUCAAGUUAAACCAGUUAAUUAUGCUGAAACGGCGCAGGGUGGAAUUAAAAACACAUUAUUCAUGCAUUGAAACCAUAAUUCUGUUUGAAUUCGCUUCGGAAAUAUCUAAACUGGGACAGAUCUCCAGACAUUUCUGCGUUUCUCGUAGCUCAUGUUUAUGUUCAUUAGAAAAAAAAAUCGCUAGAUUAGGUAGGAAUAGAUUUGAGUGAUUUGAUGUUUCAUGCUAAUCUUGUGGUAUAUAUGACAUUUUGAAGCUAGGAAGGCUGUAUGUUGAAUAGGUGCAAGUGAUGGGAGUCUCGAAUUCCCGGUUGGAAGAAGACAAGAGCCUGCAGCUCUGCCGCGCUAGGAAGAAAUUCAUCAAACAAGCACUUAAUGGCAGGUGUUCCCUUGCAGCAGCUCACACUGCUUACAUUGAGGAAUUGAAAAUCAUAGGAGCUGCUUUGAGAAGAUUUGUGGAACCUGAUCAGCUUCAGCUUGAAUUUUUAGCCUAUCCUGCAACAAGUGCUACUCCUCAGCCACUUGCUUUGACUGAGAAGUCUGUCACUCGAUUAUCUCUCGCGUCUCCCUCUCAAUCACAACACGUAGAUGCUCAGCUGCCAUCCCCAAGCCAGUACCAGGCUCAUCCUAUGAAGUUUACAGGGACGGUUUCCAGAAAAAUCGAAGAAAAGCCUCCUGUGCCUGUUGUGGUUUCGGUUGAUUCAACAACUACUCCUCCAGGCGCGGUUUCGUCUUUUGAAACCCCAUCAGAUAACCCUCCAUGGGAUUACUUUGGCCUGUUCCACCAUGUGGACAAUGAGUAUUCUGCAGUGGAUCAGGGUUCAGAGUUCUCUGAUGAGAUUAGGCAUCUUGGGGAAGAGGAAGGAAUUCCUGAUUUGGAGGAUGUACGGGUGAGUUCAUCCUCAGAAGAAACGCAUGAAUCAGAAGAAGAAUUUGAUGAACCCCCUAUAGCUUCACUUGUUAGGAGUUUUAAAAAUGUCAACACUGCAGCAGAGGGUGUCGGCAAUGGUGAGUCAGCCAUUAGUACAGAAUCAGAAACCAAGCAUAAAAUGAAUGAAAGGAAUGCUGAUGUUGUAGUGCCGGAGACCAAUUCUGCAACCAAUUCUGCAAAUGGGAGAAAAAUUAAUCCUCCUGAUUUAUCGCCUCGUAGCAAUGAUGUGGAAACUACAGCAGAUGGAGGAACUGCAGUUGAAGACAAGGUUGCGCCUAAGGACUUCUAUGCUAGCAUCAAUGACAUUGAACAGCUUUUUGUUAAAGCAUCUGAAUCUGGAAAAGAAGUUCCACGGAUGCUUGAAGCAAAUAAAUUCCAUUUCCGUCCAGUUUUAACUGGGAGAGAACGUAGGUUAGCAGCUGCAUCACUACUAAAAUCUUGUCUCUCUUGUGGGAAAGAUCCAAGAGAGGUUCAACAAGAGACUUCUCAAAAUUCUAUUAAGUACUUAACAUGGCACCGGACAGCAUCAUUUCGUUCUCUAUCAUCCCGGAAUCUUCUAGCUGCGAACUCCAAUGGUAAUAUUGCUGAUCCUAGUAACACUCUAUUCGACAACUUCUGCAUGGUCUCUGGAAGUCAUGCCUCAACCUUAGAUAGGCUUUACGCAUGGGAGAAGAAACUCUAUGACGAAGUUAAGGCUAGUGAGGCACUUCAAAGUAGUUUUGAACAAAAGUGCAAGCUUCUUCGACAGAGAGAAUCACGCGGAGAGAAUACUGAAAAGACUCGUGCAGCAGCCAAAGAUCUACAUUCAAGAAUUACAGUGGCUAUUCACAGAAUCAACUCAAUCUCAAAGAAAAUAGAAGUUAUUAGAGAUACCGAGCUUCAGCCACAGCUCGAGGAGUUAAUUGAGGGGUUAAGGAAGAUGUGGGAAACGAUGAUGGAAUGCCACAAGCUACAAUUACUCAUCAUUUCGAUAUCUCAUGCCCCCGGAAGCACAAGAUUGAAAAUGCAGUCAGAUUCACAAAGGCAGAUUACCAUCCAUCUCGGUUACAGACUCAGCUCUUUAUCAUCCAGCUUCACAAAAUGGAUCAGCGCCCAGAAAAUCUACGUGGAAGCCAUCGACAAGUGGCUCUUCAAGUGCGUCUCGCUUACACAGAAGAAACCUUCCAAGAGGAACAGAAGGUCGAGGCCUCCAUCCAUGAGACACUGCGGGCCGCCUAUAUACAUGAUAUGUGGUGUCUGGUUGGAAAUGAUCGACGGCUUGCCUUCAAAAGGGGUUGCCGAUUCUAUCAAGGAACUGGCUGCAGAAGUUGCUCAGUUUCUGCCUCGUCAAGACAAGAAGCAGGGCAAAACCAACAGAAGUGAGGCUGCUGCAACCGAUACGUUGAGAGAUGUAGACGACGUUGUGCCUCGUUUGGACCGUGUUAGGACGAGCUUGGAAGGUUUUCUUUCGAAACUAAACAGCUUCGCAGAGUGUUCGCUGGGGAUGUUUACUCAACUGCAGAAGGCCACCCAAGAUGCCAAGAAGAACUAUGAACAGUUUAUGUCCCAACGAUCACAGGUUUUGGUCUGAAUUCGGCAACAAUAUAUAUUGUUAUAAGGUAUAGCUUGUAUGGAUGCAUGUUGUAUAUGAAUAAUGAAUAAACGGUAUAGGAAAUUUAUUCCGGUGUAUGUGCACACAGGGGAUUCUUUUUUAUUUAUUUUUUACUUGGGAGAGGGUCGGCGAGAUUUGAACCUUA